AUGGCUGAGCGCCUCAGCCCUCGAAGCUCCGAGGUGAAUGCCUUGGAACAACGAGGCUAUCUCAUCGGCAAGAAAAUCGGACAAGGAUCAUAUGCAACCGUCCAUCUAGCUGAGUACUGCGAUGCGUCCAGCCCGAAGCGGAUGCACCUCGCGUGCAAAAUAUUCGAUAAGGAAAAAGCACCUCGGGAUUUUUUAGAAAAGUUUUUUCCACGUGAGCUUGAUAUACUAACUAAGAUCGAAAACCCCCACAUCAUUCAAGUGCACAGUAUUUUACAACGUGGACCGAGAGUGUUUAUCUUUAUGCGUUAUGCCGACAACGGGGAUUUGCUGGAUUUUAUAAAACGAAAUGGAGUUGUGCCAGAAAAUCAGGCAAAACUGUGGUUUAGACAAAUGGCCAGUGGCUUACAAUAUCUACACAGCAAGAAUAUAGCUCACCGUGAUCUGAAGUGCGAAAACAUACUCUUAUCACGAAGAUUCAACGUGAAAUUAGCAGAUUUGGGUUUUGCUAGGUUUUGUACUGAUGGCGAAAACCGACGUGUACUCAGCCAAACUUAUUGUGGAUCCGCGGCUUAUGCUGCACCAGAGGUGGUGAGCGGCACACCUUACAAUCCUAAACUAGCCGAUGUAUGGUCUCUCGGUAUCAUACUUUUUAUAAUGCUGAACGCUUCUAUGCCAUUUGAUGACACUAACCUACGCAAACUGCUCAAGGACCAAAUGUCACGCAAUUGGGUGUUCAGGUCCAGGAUUCGCGAUACAGUAUCAGCGGCGGCCAAGUCAAUUGUAAGGCAUAUUCUGGAACCGGACAUAACAUUGCGAUUAACUCUGGAUCGAGUUCUGUCCCAUGAGUGGACGAGACCACGCAAGGAUAAAAGCGCAAGUCUUAUGGGGCGCUUAGUGCAAUCGGCGCCAUCAGCUCCUCAUUCGCCCGGGAAGCGCGAGCACGACGAAGCUGGCACAUCGGCAGGCGCGCGCGUGUCGGGUGAUCACCGCGAGACGGAGCGCGAACGACACGACGACAUAAAUAUGCGUUCACACGACUGA